GUGAAGUGGGUGAAAACCACAAACAGACUGCAAAGUGAUCUUUAAGGUGGUCCCCCAGAAGGGAACAGUUUGCUUCGUCGUCGCAGCACAAUGCAUGUCCUGCACAAGGUUCUGCUCUUUCACGUUCUUAUUUGUCUCGGACAAAAUGCACUUGGAAGUGAAAUCAUAAAAGGUACAAAGGCCAAGAAAAAGUCCAUGCUGUAUAUGGCAUCGGUACAAAACAAAAAAGGCCAUGUAUGUGGAGGUUUCCUUGUUAGCGAAGACUUUGUAAUGACUGCUGCACACUGUGUCAACCAGAAUCCUACAAGCGUUGUUCUGGGCACCCACAGUCUUAAGAAUGUGAAUGAUGACACUAUGAGAUACAGCAUAAAGAAGUGCAAACACCCAGAUUAUAAGGCUGUUAUAUCUGGGAAUGACAUUAUGCUCCUUCAAUUGUCUAGGAAAGCUCACCUGGGCAAAAAAGGACCAAUUAAGCCAAUUAAAAUUCCGAGUAAUCAGAUCAAACUAAAAGGGAAACAAAAGUGCAGUGUAGCUGGAUGGGGGGCCACAAAGACUAACGGUUCCAAUGUCGACGAGCUGCAAGUGGUUGACAUCCCAGUCAUUAACCUGGAAACUUGUCAGAAGAUGUGGAAUGAUAAACUUCCUGCUAAUGUUGUCUGCGCAGGCGGAUACGGCACAAAGAAAGGAUUCUGCCAGGUAUUUUUCUACUUAUUCACUGAGAAUAUUGUAUAUAUAUCUUUUUUUUUUUUUUUUUUUUUUAAACUAUUCAAAUAUAUCCUCCUCAUACACAGGGUGAUUCUGGUGGCCCUCUGGUGUGCAACGGGAAGAUGGCAGUCGGUAUUGUCUCCUUUAACAGCAACUACAAUUGUGACUACCCAAAUGUGCCCAACGUCUAUACAGACAUAUCAAAAUUUCUUCCCUGGAUCAAAAACAUCCUCGAGAAAAAGCGAUGCUAAGUGCAACAAAAUGUUUUUGAACUGUAUUGUGAAUCUAUCACUUUGUCUUAUUCACUGCUUGAGUCAAAUCAUUAUUUCUUUGAGUGACAUCUGUCAUCAAAAAAUGCAAAUGUUCUGUGGAAAAACUUUGAAAUAUCAUUACUGACUACCUUACUGCUCUCUUAUUGCUGCUUGAGACGCAGAGAUUGUGAACCUUAAAAGCCUCCACAGACAAGAAGAGAAGCUUUUACGGCACUUCACUUAAAAAUCACAAUUCUGGCACCAGAAGAAAAAUCAUUUUCAAAAAAGGAACGAGCUACAGCUUCUGCAGUGUGACGGUGGGAACAUUAAUGCUCAUAUAUACAAUGGGAAACUGAUUUUUGUGGUUCAUUAGUUCAUUGAAUGUAGCUGCAUGUGGCUAAAAAUGAUAAUAGGAGAACCAUCAUGGUCCAAACGUAAUGCAUACAAGAAUGAAAGUGUCACAGAUGCAAAAUGAAAACAACUGGGGAAUUAAAUUAAAUAAAUAAAAAAUAGAGGAGAAAAUGAGUUAAUGCCCCCCUACUCUUACCCCUGUCAUUGCAAUCACUUUUCUACUGAGAUAUAAUCAAAAAGAAAGAAAGCAAGCUGCAUGGAUAAACAGUCAUAACAAAUAAUACCAGACCCAACACAAAGGUUUGAAUUUCACUAAACUGUUUAGAUUUGUGAACGUUUGUGGAGAAUUUAGCAUUUUCUCAUGUAAAUUUUGAAGCCUUGCCAUGUAACCAAGCCAUUUUUUAAGGAAGCAAGCAAGUCAUGUUCAGUUUUGUACAUUAUUUUAUUUUACUGCAAUGCUCGUAGAAGCUGACAGCAAGUAAUUCUCAACUGAUGUUUAGAGUGACUUACAAAAAAUAAACUACUGGAAAAAC